GUACUGCUUUGCAACCUUUCUAUUCCAAUAUGGAAUCAAGACAACCAUCGUUUGGUAUUCCCGUAGCUGAAAAAGUUGAAUGUUGCCUGCAUGGGUAUAAAUGUUCAAUUGCACUCAAAACAAUGUCAACUGAAACCUUAACUCGAACGCAAAAAAUUGAUAUAAGUUCGUCAAGAAAAAAAACUGCACGUUUUCAAUUGCAGCGUGGUGAAUCGUUUGCUAAGUUUAAAUUCACUCAACUUCUGGGCCAAGAAUAUAUUUGUGAAAAAGGCAUUGUCAGUAAGAAAUCAAAAGGAGAAAAAACAAAAACAAUUGAAGAAAGUUCAGCAUUUCCAUUGAGACGAUAUUACAUUGGUAUUGUUACACCACAUACAGCUGAGCUGUUUGUCUCACGAAAUACAGCAUUUAGAAUAUAUCAUUCAUUGGAUGAAGUUAAAGAAAUGAAGCUUCAAUUAUGUAUUAUAUACAAAACUAGUCGUGGUGACUUUUACCAUUAUCGGAUCAAAGAACAGUUUGAUGCAAUAUUCCAAAGGGAUAUACUAUAUGUUGAUUGCGGUGAAGAAGAAUCUCCAAAAUUUCUUGGUAUUGAAGCAUUAAUUAAAUAUUACUCUAUUUAUGCAUCGCUGCAUUCAUUUUCAAGCUCAAAAGGGUUGAAUAUAGACAUAUUUCCAUGGUGGAACUUUAAACGAUACUAAAA